CUCAAUCCUUCUCCGCGUGAGAGGAGGCCUGUGCCCAGCAGUGGGACGAUAAAAAGGCUGUAACAGUAGAGAGAAAUCAAAGGAAAAGAGUGUCGGCGAAUGUAGGUACAGUUUAGAUAGGAAUCACUAACCAAAUAAGUACAAACAAAUAGAAAGAAGAACACUUAACUAGGUAAGGUACCUAUAGGUUUUCUAGAAUCUAUGGAAUCAGACGUUUCUUUGCGGAAAUCCAUGACAUUAAAUUAUAGUGUUACUUCCGCGAGACAAAUACCGAGGCAUGGAUGCAGAAUGAAAUCCGACUCACAUGUGGCAUGCAUAUGCAUACGAGAGACAUAACCAAAGACUAUAAAACCUGGUUAUUUACUUUAUGACAUAACACGCAACCGAACUUAUACUCGACACGUUUUUCGCUCCUAAUAAAUAUAGAAAAGACGAUGAAUAAAAUGACGAGAAACUCGAAAACUCGUUGUUGAUGUGUAACGGCGCAGGUGGUGAGCGGAGGCUGGAGCCACGAGGCGGCGCGGCAUGUGAGGCGCGCGUGCGCUAGCGGCGCGGCAUGCCGGGCGGCCGCCGGGGGCUCGUGGCCCCGCAGAACACCUUCCUCGAGAACAUCAUCCGCCGCUCGUCGUCUCAGCCAGACAGCAGCUUCCUGCUGGCGAACGCGCAGAUCGUGGACUACCCGAUCGUGUACUGCAACGAGACCUUCUGCAAGAUGAGCGGCUACAACCGGGCCGAGGUCAUGCAGAAAUCAUGCAGGUGCACGUGGAUGUACGGCGAGCUCACGGAGAAGGAGGCGGUGGAGCGCGUGGACCGCGCGCUCGACCAUCACCUCGCCGACCAGUUCGAGAUCCUACUCUACAAGAAGAACCGCACGCCGCUGUGGCUGCUGGUGCACGUGGCGCCGAUCCGCAACGAGCGCGAGCUGGUGGUGCUGUUCCUGCUCACAUUCCGCGACAUCACGGCGCUCAAGCAGCCCAUCGAUGCCGACGACCCCAAAGGAGGGCUGUCGAAGUUCGCGAAGCUGGCGCGGUCGGUGACGCGCUCGCGCUCGGUGCUGGUGUCGGCGCUGCCGGCGCUGAAGGAGCCGGCGCGCGCGAGCCACCUGGCGCAUGUGAUGUCGCUGUCGGGCGACGUGCUGCCGCAGUACCGCCAGGAGGCGCCCAAGACGCCGCCGCACAUCCUGCUGCACUACUGCGCCUUCAAAGCCAUCUGGGACUGGAUCAUCCUGUGCCUCACCUUCUACACGGCCAUCAUGGUGCCCUACAACGUGGCCUUCAAGAACAAGACCAGCGAGGACGUGUCGCUGCUGGUCAUAGACUCCAUUGUUGACGUGGUGUUCUUCAUCGACAUCGUGCUCAACUUCCACACGACAUUCGUGGGCCCGGGCGGCGAGGUGGUGAGCGACCCUAAGGUGAUCCGCAAGAACUACUUCAAGUCGUGGUUCCUCAUCGACCUGCUGUCGUGCCUGCCCUACGACGUGUUCAACGCCUUCGACCACGACGAGGACGGCAUCGGCAGCCUGUUCAGCGCGCUGAAGGUGGUGCGGCUGCUGCGCCUGGGCCGCGUGGUGCGCAAGCUGGACCGCUACCUGGAGUACGGCGCCGCCAUGCUCAUCCUGCUGCUGUGCUUCUACAUGCUGGUGGCGCACUGGCUGGCCUGCGUGUGGUACAGCAUCGGCCGCUCCGAUGCCGACUCGGGCCUGCAGUACUCGUGGCUGUGGAAGCUGGCCAACGUCACUCAGAGCCCCUACUCGUACGUGUGGUCCAACGAGUCCGACGGGCCCGAGCUCGUGAACGGGCCGUCGCGCAAGACCAUGUACGUCACCGCGCUCUACUUCACCAUGACCUGCAUGACCUCCGUGGGCUUCGGCAACGUCGCCGCCGAGACCGAUAACGAGAAGAUCUUCACCAUCUGCAUGAUGAUCGUGGCAGCCCUGCUGUACGCCACCAUAUUCGGCCACGUGACCACCAUCAUCCAGCAAAUGACGUCCGCCACGGCCAAGUACCACGACAUGCUGAACAACGUGCGCGAGUUCAUGAAGCUGCACGAGGUGCCCAAGGCGCUGAGCGAGCGCGUCAUGGACUACGUCGUGUCCACCUGGGCCAUGACCAAGGGCCUGGACACCGACAAGGUGCUCAACUACUGCCCCAAGGACAUGAAGGCGGACAUCUGCGUGCACCUCAACCGCAAGGUGUUCAACGAGCACCCCGCCUUCCGCCUCGCGUCCGACGGCUGCCUGCGCGCGCUGGCCAUGCACUUCCAGAUGUCGCACUCGGCGCCGGGCGACCUGCUGUACCACACGGGCGAAUCCAUCGACUCGCUGUGCUUCAUCGUCACCGGCAGCCUCGAGGUCAUCCAGGAUGACGAGGUCGUCGCCAUUCUCGGCAAGGGAGACGUGUUCGGGGAUUCGUUCUGGAAAGACAGCGCAGUGGGCCAAUCGGCGGCCAACGUGCGUGCGCUCACCUACUGCGACCUGCACACCAUCAAGCGCGACCGCCUGCUCGAGGUGCUGGACUUCUACCAGGCGUUCGCCAACAGCUUCGCGCGGAACCUGACGCUCACGUACAACCUGCGCCACCGGCUCAUCUUCCGCAAAGUGGCGGACGUGCGGCGCGAGCGCGAGCUCAUGGAGCGGCGGAAGCGCGAGCCGCAGCUCGAGCAGGCGCAGGACCACCUCGUGCGCAAGAUCUUCUCGCGCUUCCGCCGCGAGCGCUCCGUGGCCGCCGCGCCCGCGCCCGCGCCCUCCCGCGCCACGCCCGCGCCGCCCGACCCCGAGCGUGGCGAGCCCACCCCCGCACCCACCCCCGCGCCCGCCGCCGCGCGCGGCAAGUGGGGGCGCCUGCUGGCCACCGGCUCGCUGGACGCGCCCGAGCCCGCGCGCGGCGCCUUCACGCGCUCGCUCAGCGCGCGUGACCGCCCCGCCGCCGCCGCCGCCGCCUCGCCCGCCGACCCCGCGCCCUCCGUCGCCUCCGCGCCCGCUUCGGCGACCGCACUCACUCUCAAGGCCACGUUCGCGAAAGGUCGGUCGGCGAGCGCGCUGAGCGUUAGUGGCGCCAGUGCGCGGCAGGACACCAUCGAGGAAGAGCUGGACGAGCGGCGGCCGAGCGGCCCGAGCAGCGCGGGCCCGACCGGCGCAGGCCCGGCCGGCGCGGGCCCAGCCGGCGCGGGCCAGGCCGCCGCCGCCGCGCCCAGCAGCUCGCAUGCGUCGCACGAUGCCGCACUUGCAGAGCUGCGUCGGGACGUACGAAACGAAGUACAGAGGCUCCAACAAAAGCUCGGACGAGUGGAAGAGCUUUUGACGAUGCUAGCGUCGCGGCUGGGCGCGUCACCCGGCGAGGCGGGCGCGACCAGUGCUGCGGGCCCGGCGGGCGGGGCCCCGGCGAGUGGGCCCCCGGCCGGCGGGGGCCCGGCCCCCACGCCCGCCGACCCCGACGUACUGCGCGCCAGCGACGCCAGCACCACCACAAGGAAGCGCCGCUCGAAGGGUCGCAGCAAGGGCGCGGCGCCCACGCCGCCGGCCACGACGCCGGGCGAGGCGCCGGGCAGCCCGGGCGGGGGCCCGGGCGGGGCCCCGGGGCCCGGCGCAGCACAGCGGCGCCGCGACUUCGUGUAG